UUCAAGGAGCUCAAGAGGUACCAUGCGCCAUCACCAGGUACCUUCAUGCGCUAACACUUGCUCAGUCAAGCGGCGGAGUUCCAGUGCCCAACGUGCUGCUUGGGCCGUCGGCAACUCUGCAAAUAGCAAAGAUGCUUUCACUGGAGCAGCCCUCGACAAAUAUAGCUCCACUAAGCGAUCUGGCUACAAACCCGCACAUGUGUGCGGGCUGUGUCAGUUGUGAUUUGUGCAGGCUCAUAGUGAAGACUGUGGCGUGGCAGCAGCAGCACGUUUGAGGUGUCAACAUCUGCAUCACUUGCAGCAGCGUCAGUGUUGUAAUCCACAUCAACAGGGGAAGGUGUACAUGAUUUGAGUGAGAUGAACAAGUCAAUUAAUAAAGGGCCAAGCAGAAU